AACAUUUCAAAAUUAUACAUUUAUCACUCAAAAUAAUAUGCUUUAUAAAAUACCAAUUCAAAAUUAAAAAAAAAAAAUAUAAAAUACCAUUUCGAAAUAAAAAAAUAUAAGCAUCAUUCAGUGGAAAAAAUAAAAAUAUUAAAUACACCAAUUCUAGAUGUAUACAAGCUAAUAAAAUCACAAUCUACCAUUGAAAACAAACGUUAUUUUAUCAUAUUCGUAGACUGCUUGACAUUAUUAAUCCAACGAUAGAAAACCACUAGGAUUUAUUUGUGUAGACAAACCGGCCCAAUUAGUAAGCGCAAACACUUUAAACCGGACGGUUAAGUUCUCUAAUUUUGACCCUUAGGAAAAAAAAAAUGGAUUUUUACCGCGAGAACCAGACGCAAAAAUGCGAAAUUAAACCGUAUCCAGUGGCGCUCGAAAAUGUUCCCGCUCCCCUCCCGCUCCUUCGUUUACUUCUUCUAAUAAUCUCCUCUCUCUAUAUAUAUACAUUCCAGACUAUCUCCACUCCCGUUUUGUUUUGUUCUCUUUGUUAGAUCGCUUCACUUCGAAUCUUAUAUCGGAGAAAAAUGGCGAGGUCGAACAGAUCCAAGAGCUCAGAGCGUGUAGGGAAGGGUAAAGUGACUCCAGUUCAAGUCGCUUACCUCGUGGAUCGAUACCUAUGCGACAAUCGAUUCUUAGAAACCCGAUCCAUCUUCAGAUCCGAAGCUUCUUCUCUCAUCUCCAAAUCUCCACUCCGUGAAGCUCCGUGCAGUUUGAUACCACUGGAUGAUAUCUUGAACGAAUACAUCAGCCUCAAGGAGCUCAAAGCCACUGUGGAUCAAGAGAAUGCGAGACUUGAUCAAGAGAAGACUCGCGUUCAGAAUCUAUUACAUGGGAUGCAGGAUGUAAUGAACGCUUACAACUCCACCGCAUCUGCUCUUCCACCUCCGGCGAUUACGACGGCAGCUCACGCGGCUACUCAAAUGGUUGCCUCUACUUCUCAACCAAACAACAUCAGCGUCUCUCCUUCAGGCGGCACAGGGCACAACACGCCUAAUCUCAUGCCAGCAUCAUUGCCAGGAAACAAAAGAGUUGGGAAUUUCACAGCUCCCUCUAGUCAAUCUAUUACCAAAAAGCGAAAGAGUCCUGAGGUUUCUCUAGAAGCUGCUUCUUCUGUUUCUAAUAAAGGGAGGAAAAAGAUACCACCCGUGGAUAACAAUGUAGCUAAUGAGUCAUCUCAUAUUACAUCAAGUGUGGCAAAGUGUUUGUUUACCAGAUCAGACGUGUCACCUCCGACCAAUCCAUCUUGUCUGAGUACACCACAAAAUCAAGCCUCUCCUCAGAGUGAUGUGUCUGUUACUCCUACAAACUGCACAAUCGUCACUAAGGAGAGAAUCACAGUCAGUCCCCACAAGCAAAAUCCUUCUUAUACUGUGGAAAGGAGCCAUAUGGUUUCUUCUUUCUCCCCUGUUAAGUCUAACGCAAAUAUGUCGAGUAAAAGAGAUCAUGUGAAAGGAAGGCUCAACUUCGAUGACAUUGAUGCCACAACGAACUUAUCUCCACCUGCUUCUGGAGAUUUUGUUUCGACUUCUUCAUCUGGCUCUGAAGCAGAAGUUGAUUUGUUUGAUAUUGAUUUUCUGAGCGACAACUUUCCAUACUCGGAAGUGCUUGUCGAUUUCGAUAUUGCUUGUCAAGGAAUGCCAGACCCUUGCCUGCCACAACCAUCAAACUGUUCCUUUCAGUUAGCCUAAGCAGGCUUCUAGAAAGCUUUAACAGUAAUGUAGAUCACACAGUUUUGAAAGAAUGCAAUCCUUCAUUUCUUUAUUUGGCUCCUAACUAGUUCUUCAUGUUAAGUGAAUAUGAGUUUUUUUUUUCUUUAUUUAAGAUGUCCUUUACAACUAAAACUAUCUGAAUCAAGCCAAGUACUACAGCUUCUCCAA